UCCGGUCCCCAGCUCCCGAGCGAAUGACUGCUCCCUCGGUGGGGCGGGAGCUGGGCUUGCUGCGACGCCAGGGAGCCCACGAUCGCGCCGCCCCAGCCAGCGAGUCUGCCAGCACCAGCGUCCCGCCGGCGCCUGGGACCAUGGCCACCGACUCGUGGGCCCUGGCGGUGGACGAACAGGAGGCGGCGGCUGAGUCGUUGAGCAACUUGCAUCUUAAGGAAGAGAAAAUCAAACCAGAUGCCAAUGGUGCUGUUGUCAAGACCAAUGCUAAUACAGAGAAGGCAGAUGAAGAAGAGAAAGAGGACAGAGCUGCCCAGUCCUUACUUAACAAGCUGAUCAGAAGCAACCUUGUGGAUAACACAAACCAGGUGGAAGUCCUGCAGCGGGAUCCAAACUCCCCACUCUACUCCGUGAAGUCCUUUGAGGAGCUUCGGCUGAAACCACAGCUUCUCCAGGGAGUCUAUGCCAUGGGCUUCAACCGUCCAUCCAAGAUACAAGAGAAUGCACUGCCUUUGAUGCUUGCUGAGCCUCCACAGAACUUAAUUGCCCAGUCUCAGUCUGGCACUGGUAAAACAGCUGCCUUUGUGUUGGCCAUGCUCAGCCAAGUAGAACCUGCAAACAGAUAUCCCCAGUGUCUGUGCCUCUCCCCAACUUAUGAGCUUGCACUUCAAACGGGAAAAGUGAUUGAGCAGAUGGGCAAAUUUUACCCUGAACUGAAGCUAGCUUAUGCUGUCCGAGGCAAUAAACUGGAAAGAGGUCAGAAGAUCAGUGAGCACAUUGUCAUUGGCACCCCUGGGACUGUUCUGGACUGGUGCUCCAAGCUCAAGUUCAUUGACCCCAAGAAGAUCAAGGUGUUUGUUCUGGAUGAGGCUGACGUGAUGAUAGCUACUCAGGGCCACCAAGAUCAGAGCAUCCGCAUCCAGAGGAUGCUGCCCAAGGACUGCCAGAUGCUGCUUUUCUCUGCCACCUUCGAAGACUCUGUAUGGAAAUUUGCCCAGAAAGUGGUCCCAGAUCCAAACAUUAUCAAACUCAAGCGUGAGGAGGAGACACUGGACACCAUCAAGCAGUAUUACGUCCUGUGCAAUAACAGAGAUGAGAAGUUCCAGGCCCUGUGUAACCUCUACGGGGCCAUCACCAUUGCUCAGGCCAUGAUCUUCUGCCAUACCCGCAAAACAGCUAGCUGGCUGGCAGCAGAGCUCUCAAAAGAAGGCCACCAGGUGGCCCUGCUGAGUGGCGAAAUGAUGGUGGAGCAGAGGGCUGCGGUGAUUGAGCGCUUCCGAGAGGGCAAGGAGAAGGUGCUGGUGACCACCAACGUGUGUGCCCGCGGUAUUGAUGUCGAGCAGGUUUCUGUCGUCAUCAACUUUGACCUUCCCGUGGACAAGGACGGGAACCCGGACAACGAGACCUACCUGCACAGGAUCGGGCGCACAGGCCGCUUUGGCAAGAGGGGCCUGGCAGUGAACAUGGUUGACAGCAAGCACAGCAUGAACAUCCUCAACAGAAUCCAGGAGCAUUUUAAUAAGAAAAUAGAAAGAUUGGACACAGAUGAUUUGGACGAGAUUGAGAAGAUAGCCAACUGAGAAGCUCCACCAGUCACCAGUGCCCACGCCUGGCACUCACUCCACCUGCACGGAAGACUAGUGCUUUCACGGCACAGGCCUCGACAGUUACCACAAAGAGGAGGCAGAGGAGAGAGAAACUACCUACCUCAUUUUAAAUUACGUUUGGACUAGACAAAAAUUGUGCAAAUGAUGGGGGGAGGUAGAAAAAAAUUGUUUAUACAACUUUUGAAGAUUAGGCGUGAAUACACAGAAAUUUACCUUUUGGAAAUUCCAUCUUCUUUUUGGCCAUUUCCCCCACCUUUAAGCUGUAGCUAAUUAAUCACUUGCUCAAGAUGCUUGUGGCAGCCCUUGCCACCGCCCAGCCAGAGGGCCACAAGUGUUCAGAAUAGCCUCUAGACAGAAGAGAGGUGAAGACAGACAGAAGCCCUAACUGGGAUAGGUGUGUAAGCCAGCCAUCACGUUUGGAGUAUGGGAUGAGGCCUGUGAGCUGGUGUUUUGGAUUUAGGGUGGGGCAGCGCAUCUGAGUGUUGUCAGCUCCACAGUAGAAGGGAUUUGCUAACCAUGAGCCAAAUUGCCACCCUGGGACUUUUGGUGCUUGCAGGUUUGUGUUGCAGGACCAUGACCUGGUUUUCAUCAGCAGGGCAAUGUAUGUAUAGUGCACAUCUGAUUAUCAGUGGAUCCCUUGCCUGUGCUUAAAGCCUGUGGAGAAGUCUUCAUGGAGAGUUAAGUGGUGGCCCUCACUUACCAUACAACCUGGGCUCACAGGCACUUGCAGCAUCUUCUUUAUAAUCCCUAAUGUCACCCUUGCCCCUUAGCCUCAAUCAAAUAAAAGGUGAUCUAAGGUUUGGAUCCUCAGUGAAAA